AUGGAAGAAUCGAUUAAAGUUUGUAAUACCUGUGGCGAUGUGGGGAAGGAAGACUUACUCGCUUUCUGUAAAAAGUGCACCAAAGGUGCACAACACACGUAUUGCAUGCGUGUUAAACUGGAGAAAGUUCCUGAUAGUUGGACGUGUGAAGAGUGUACGCUGAGGGAACCAACUUCCUCAUUAAUGCAAGAAAAGGUUGAAAAAGCUGCUAGAAGAAUGAAAGGAUGCCUAUCUGAGACUCCACUAAACCUUGAGUCUAUUAAAGGUUCAAAAAAAAUUAGACUUCCAUAUGAUGGGAAGAGUAGGACAAAUGAUGUACGUUCUACAUCUCAUUUAAAAGUUAAGAGACACGGAGACCCUUUAAAAGAUCAACAAGUGAAAAAAUCUAGGGCUAUUGAAACAAGUUUUGUAGAAAGGGAGAAGCAGAAGGUUAGGAGAAGUUCUAUUUUUCAUGAUAAUAGAAAAGGAAAAGGUCCUAAAUUGGUAUCUGAUUCUAUGUCAUUGAAUAGUCUUAUCUCAGGGAAAUCAAAUACUACUUGUUCUAAGGUUCUCCUAGCGGAUGCUUAUGGGUUACACGAUCCUACAACGUGCUUAUUGAUUUCAGAUUCUGGUGUCAAUGCAAGAAAAAAUGCAAAGGAAACCAUUUCUAGUGGUGAUUCUUUAUUUUCAGGUUCCAGUUUUCGUAAUCUUGAUGUUGUAGAAAGUUCAGAAAAAUUGGAUCAUAAAUUACAAAGCGAUCACAACACUCAUAAAGACUCAGAUUGUCCAAGUAUAAAUAAGAAAAAGAAGAGCCAGCAAGCGGAGGACCCCAUAGAAGCUACUAGAGCUAUAAUCAAAGGCCCUGCUUUUGAUGAAUGGUCCAGAUUGAGCGACACAACUCUGAUUGAGGAAGCACGUCUUUUAUAUGGUCUCCUCAAGCCGGAUUUGCAUUCUUCAUGGACAGGAAAAUUUCAGAUACACAACAUUGAAGGGAUUGCAAGGACUUGUGAUGGCUUUCAAGCUAAUCUAUCAACUUUUUGUUCAGAGAAAAUUCUUGAUUUUGUGAACAGUCUUCCCGAGAUUAUUAUACUGGAGGAACUCCCUCGAUUGAGGAUCUGGUUCUCUCUCUUUAUGGGAAAUCAAGUCACUAAGGAACAUAUUGACCUCUACUUUUUUGCUAAAGAUGUUAAUAGGUUUGUUUGGUAG